UAGUCCCCAUGGUCGCUCAAUGGGAAAGAGCCACGUGCCUCUGCGCCCACCAGCUCAAGAGCAUUUGUUCUCGCUGUUGGUUGCUGUAAAGGAUUUGCCUCCAUAGACAGAAAAGCAGAGCGGAUAACUUUUUGGAAUUCGGCCUAGGGGGUCCUCUUCAACCUUUUGCUCACUCCGGGCUUCCACUCUCUCUCUUUCUCUCUCAGUCUUUCCCUGCGGAAAGGUUGACACUUAAGAGGGUUUAUUUUUCCUGAAGAACUCAGUGCGUAGAGCCUCGCCACCGUCGCAGUGCCACUCAGGAUGCACAGCUUUAUGGGAGGGGGCCUGUUCUGCGCCAUAGUGGGGAACAUCCUGCUGGUGGUCUCAACUGCGACAGACUACUGGAUGCAGUACCGCUUGUCGGGGAGCUUCGCCCACCAGGGCCUGUGGAGGUACUGCAUGUCGGGAAAGUGCUACAUGCAGACGGACAGCAUCGCCUACUGGAAUGCCACCCGUGCCUUCAUGAUCCUGUCAGCCAUGUCGUGCUUCGCGGGCAUCAUCGCAGGCAUUCUCUCCUUUGCCCAUUUCUCUGCCUUCGAGAGGUUCAACCGCUCCUUCGCUGCAGGGAUCAUGUUCUUUGUCUCCACUCUCUUUGUUCUGCUUGCAAUGGCCAUCUACACUGGAGUGACGGUGAACUUCCUGGGGAAGCGCUUCGGUGACUGGCGCUUCUCUUGGUCCUACAUACUGGGCUGGGUGGCACUGCUCAUGACCUUCUUUGCAGGAAUAUUUUACAUGUGUGCCUACAGAAUGCAUGAAUGCAGGAGAGUGGUGGACCCACGCUAAAAGAGAGAGGAAAGCCAGUGGAAAGAUUGCAAAUCCGGGACAUUUUGGCCACACAAUUCCAACACGAUUAAAGAAUCAAGCUUACACCAAUAGACAUAUCAUUGAAAUAUAGAAACUGUACUAGGUAAUUGAGAACCAAAGAUGAAUACAAAUGUUUGGUUAUGCCUGAGCAGUUUACGUGUCAUUUUAAUAAAGCUAUAACUCUAACAGUAAAA